AUGGCUUUUCAAAACUUUGUCAAAACGCUCGCUGCGUUGGGCGCCCUCUAUGGGGUUAAUGUUGCCGCACUCCCGACCUCGAACUGCUGCUCUCUCUUGGAAGCUUCCCUCCCUGCUAGGAUCAUCAGCAUUGGAACUGCCAAUUACACUACGGUGAAUCAUGAUUAUUGGUCAUCCACUACCGUCCUUUCUCCCGGUUGCAUCUUCUCCCCAACUAGUCCGCAGGAAGUGGCCCAGGCUGUGAAACUCUUCACUGACAACCAAUGCAAGUUCGCUGUCCGGGGAGGAGGCCAUUCUGCCGUUCCCGGUGCGGCCAACACCAACGACGGCGUUCUCAUCGUCACCGAAGGCCUCAACGAGCAUACCCUCACCAACGAAAACUCCGCCUGGAUCGGUGCCGGAAACACCUGGGGUCCCCUCUACGAGUUCCUAGGACCUUACCACAAAGCCGUCGUCGCCGGCCGUUACUACCCCGUUGGGACUGGAUUGCUCCUGGGUGCCGGUCUGUCCUUCUUCGGAAACGAGCUUGGACUCGCCAUCGAUAAUGUCAAGACUUACGAAGUCGUCUUGUACAAUGGCACCAUUGUUCAUGCGAGUGCUGCCUCUCAUCCAGAUCUUCACCGUGCUCUUAAGGGUGGUGGUGACAACUUUGGUGUCAUCACCAGGUACGAGCUCAUGACCAAUAACCUUCCUGACUGGAUUUGGGGUGGUAUGGUUUACUAUAACCAGUCCCAGCUCUCCCUUGUGGAGGACGUCGUCUACGACUACCAUGUCGACAAGGCGGUCCACGAUGUGAAGACCCACGUUCUCCCGCAAUACGGCUUCAACGGGACCACCAAUGAGACCAGUAACUUCUCCCCCAUAUUUUACAACGGUGCCCUAAAUUCUACCCCCGCUGCUCUCCAACCCUGGCUCGAUGCUCAGCCAUAUAAAAACACCAUGCGCCAGGCCCAGAUGGUCGACCUCGCGCGUGAAUUCAACGCCGGGUUCGGGUAUGGACUUGUGCAGGUGCAGAGGACUUUCACUAUCUACGCGGAUAAGCAGUUCUUCCACGACGUGUGGUAUCAAUUCCAGGUCUGGCUUCAGGGAUACAAACACAUUCCCGGCUUCUACGGGCUACACUGUAAUAUGCCCGUCACCCCUAAUGCCGUUCAGGAGGGUAUUCUCAAGGGCAGAAAUGUUCUUGGGAUGGAAGGUGCUGGAGACCGGACUUUGUCGAUCUUGUACUUUGGUUUGACUUUCGAUAACCUCUCCGACACUGGAGCUGUCUUCCCAGCCUUUGCUAAUUUCGUCGAGUCGAUGAUCCACCUCGCUGAACAGCGCGGUGUUCGCCACCCAUACAUCAUGUGGUCCUACGCUGGCCAUGACCAAAAGGUCAUCGAAAGCUACGGCGAGGACAACAAUGAGUUCCUCCGCCGCGUCAAGGAGGAUUAUGACCCCGCUGGCACCUUUACGAACUUGGUCACGGGAGGAUUCAAGCUUCCCGCUGCUGGAUAUUAG